AUAUCUACCACACUCGCUGCCCCUCCGUCUUUUUCUUUCUUCUCAUCCUCAGCCUCAGCUCCUGUCUUCAGGACUAUCUUUUUUGAUUUCCUACUCACGAAACCUCUCAUUUUCACGCCUCUCGAUUUACUCUUCACUUCCUCUCUUCUUUCUGUACUUCUAUCUCCUUAUACCCCUUCUGCCAUAAUUCUCCAUCCAAAGCAUUCCCCAGCCACUCCCUACUAUUGAAGAUGUUUGUCUACAAGAGAGACGGACGCAAAGAACGCGUGCAGUUCGACAAGAUCACCGCUCGUGUGUCGAGGCUUUGUUAUGGACUCGAUCCUGAGCAUGUCGAUGCCGCUGCUAUCACCCAGAAGGUCAUCUCUGGUGUCUACCAGGGUGUCACCACCGUUGAACUCGAUAACCUGGCCGCCGAGACUGCCGCGUACAUGACCGUCACACACCCCGAUUACGCCAUCCUCGCCGCUCGUAUAGCCGUUUCCAACCUUCACAAGCAAACCAAGAAGCAGUUCUCCUUGGUCAUCUCCGACCUCUAUCACUAUGUCAACCCCAAGAACAACAACCCCGCACCUAUGAUUUCUAAGGAGACGUACGAGUUAGUCAUGAAGCACGCCGAUGAACUCAACUCGGCCAUUGUCUAUGACCGCGACUUCAACUACAACUUCUUUGGUUUCAAGACUCUUGAACGCUCAUAUCUCCUGCGAAUCAAUGGAAAGGUUGCAGAGCGUCCUCAGCACCUGUUGAUGCGUGUCUCCGUUGGUAUUCACGGCAACGAUAUCGAGAAGGCUAUUGAGACCUACCAUCUCAUGUCUCAGAAGUACUUCACUCACGCCUCCCCGACUUUGUUCAAUGCUGGAACCCCCCAGCCUCAACUUGCCUCCUGCUUCCUCGUCGACAUGAAGGAGGACAGUAUUGAUGGUAUCUAUGACACGCUCAAGACCUGCGCCAUGAUCUCCAAGACUGCUGGUGGUAUUGGUCUGAACGUUCAUCGAAUUCGUGCCACAGGUUCUUACAUUGGCGGAACUAACGGUACCUCCAAUGGUCUGGUGCCCAUGCUGCGGGUCUUCAACAACACUGCCAGAUAUGUCGACCAGGGAGGUAACAAGCGCCCUGGUGCUUUUGCCAUCUACCUGGAACCCUGGCACUCGGAUGUCUUCGAGUUCCUGGACCUUCGCAAGAACCACGGUAAGGAGGAGGUCAGAGCUCGUGAUCUGUUCUACGCUCUGUGGACUCCCGAUCUGUUCAUGAAGCGUGUUGAGUCGAACGGCGACUGGACUUUAUUCUGCCCUAACGAAGCUCCCGGAUUGGCCGAUGUCUACGGUGACGAGUUCGAUGCUCUCUAUGAGAAGUACGAGAAGGAAGGUCGCGGCCGCAGAACUAUCAAAGCGCAGAAGCUCUGGUAUGCUAUUUUGGAGGCGCAGACUGAGACUGGCAACCCUUUCAUGCUGUACAAGGAUGCUUGCAACAAGAAGAGCAACCAGAAGAACUUGGGAACCAUCCGCAGCUCCAACCUGUGCACGGAAAUCAUUCAAUACAGUGCUCCUGAUGAGGUUGCUGUUUGCAACCUGGCUUCCCUUGCUCUUCCCACAUUUGUGGAUGCCGCUCGCGGCGAAUACGACUUCGGCAAGCUCCACGAGGUCGUGCAGGUCUUGGUCCGCAACUUGAACAAGAUUAUUGACAUCAACUACUAUCCUGUCCCCGAGGCCAAGAAGAGCAACUUCCGUCACCGCCCCAUUGCUGUUGGUGUGAACGGUUUGGCUGAUGCUUUCCUCGCCCUGCGUCUGCCCUUUGACUCGGCCGAGGCUAGACAGCUCAAUAUUCAAAUCUUCGAAACCAUUUACCACGGUGCUCUGACAGCCUCCUCUGACUUGGCCAAGCAGUACGGUCCCUAUGAGACUUACGAGGGUUCUCCCGUUUCUCAGGGUAUCCUUCAGUACGACAUGUGGGACCGCACUCCCACCGAUCUUUGGGAUUGGGAUGCUCUCAAGGCCAAGAUUGCUCAGACUGGUGUCCGCAACAGUUUGUUGGUUGCUCCCAUGCCUACUGCUAGCACCAGUCAGAUCUUAGGCUUCAAUGAGUGCUUCGAGCCAUAUACUUCGAACAUCUACUCCCGUCGUGUCCUGGCCGGUGAGUUCCAGGUUGUUAACCCCUGGUUGCUCAAGGACUUGGUUGACCUCGGCUUGUGGUCUGAUAACAUGAAGAACCGCAUCAUCGCUGAGGGUGGUUCUGUCCAGAACAUCCCCAACAUUCCCGCUGAUAUCAAGGCCCUCUACAAGACUGUUUGGGAAAUCUCUCAGCGCAACAUCCUUCAGAUGGCUGCCGACCGUGGUGCCUUCAUUGACCAGUCUCAGUCUUUGAACAUUCACUUGAAGGAGCCCACCAUGGGCAAGAUCACCAGUAUGCACUUCGCCGGUUGGAAGAUGGGUCUCAAGACUGGUAUGUACUACCUGCGCACGAUGGCAGCUUCGGCCCCUAUCCAGUUUACGGUGGAUCAGGAGCAGCUCAAGGUUGAGGAUACCAACGUUGCUCGUGCCAAUGCUUCCUACAAAAAGCGCGCUACCGGUGUUGCCUCUUCCACGUACUCCGCUGUGCCUCGUGGUCAGAGCCAAGUCAAUGGACGCAGCGAAGAUGACUCCAACAUUGCUGAUAGCCCUCGUGCUCUCGCCGCUGAUGCUGCCUCGCGUGGCAACGACGGUGAGGCUGAAGGCCCUCAGGAAGAGGAUUCCGAAAAGACGAGCGAGGAGCGCGAGAAUGACAUUUACUCCCAGGCGGUGCUUCAGUGCAGCAUCGAAAACAAGGAGGCUUGCAUCAUGUGCCAGGGUUGAAGCAAAUUAACAAUGAGGGGUAUAAUUCGGUCGGCGUCUUGAUUUGGGAAUUUCGUGUGUAAUUAUAUUACGAGUUUGAUGGAUAUGGCUUCUUAUUUCUUUUCAAUUUUCUGGGCUCUUCAAGUGUAUUCACCGGCUUCUGUUGUUUUCUUCUUCACGUUCGAUAUUGAUGUUGAUGGCUUAUGGCGAUGAUCUUGAUAUACAUAGAUAGCAAUUAACUACUAUUCAGAAU